CAUAAUUCACAUUUUAAGACAAAAUAUUCCAAAGAAAUGCCUGUUCCAUGGGAGUUAUUACCUGCUAGAUACUCACACUUUUAACGUAUUAUUACCAGACUUUGCUAGCGUUUGUAAGCGAUGGUUCAGGUUUUUGCCACGUUCGGAAGCUGUGUUAAAUUUGAAAAACAACUCGUCCACAUGUGCAAAAAUAUUGAAAAAUCCAUAUUCAGUGAAUAUAGACCAGCGUAAAACACUUGUGUUAUCACGCAUGCAAAAUAAAACACUUUGCUUAUUAAAUAGUCUAGGGAAUAGCAGGAUCAACAGUAAAUGUUUGCCAGUUACUGGAUGUGUUUAUUCAAAACUACAGUUGGACACUGUAUUUAAUCCAAGAUACAGUGUUGUCAGACGGAACAAGAUUUCAUAUGAUAUUAAACAUAGAAAGUCUGAGUUGGAUAGAAAAAAGAUCUUCAGAGGAGGGAAAGAGAAUAUUUUGACAGUUCCCAACUUGUUGACAUUUUCAAGGAUUGUGGCUACACCAUUUCUUGGGUACAUGGUUCUACAUGAGCAUUUUCACUUGUCUUUAGGCAUAUUUGCAUAUGCUGGAAUCACUGAUCUGCUGGAUGGUUACAUUGCCAGAAAUUUCUCGAACCAGAAUUCGGCACUUGGGACAGCUCUUGACCCACUGGCUGACAAACUCCUGGUUAUCGUAUUGACUUUGUCACUCACCAAUGUCCAACUCAUACCAAUGUCUUUAACAGCAUUGAUAAUCUUGCGGGAUGUCGGUCUCAUUGCAUCAGUUUUCUACAUACGGUAUAUUUCUUUGCCACCUCCAAAAACCCUGUCACGAUAUUUUGACGUGACUCUGGCUACAGCGAAGCUUUAUCCAUCAAUGCUAAGCAAGAUAAACACAGCCUUGCAGUUAUCUUUGGUUGCCCUGUCUCUUGCUGCCCCAGUCUUUCACUAUGUGGAUCACCCUUUACUGCAGGCAUUAUGGUGCGCCACUGGUAUCACAACGUUCAUGUCUGGAUUGACCUACAUGUUGUCAUGGAGGAAGAACUUCAAAGUCCUUGUGGUCUGACAAAAUUUCUUAAACAACAGAGACAGAGUGGUUAUUGAAAAAGUUGACUGUGAAAAGGAACUAUAACAUAAUUUGUAGUUCUUGAAGUAAAUCACAAAGAGUUGUUAAAGAUUUACAUCAUUUACAACCUUUUGUUGUGCUAAAAUUGCAAAAAUUUGUAUGCCUGUGCAAAAUUGAUGUGUGAAUAGGCCAAGAGUUCUGAAUGUUAGGUGUAUGUGAUACAAAGUUUCAAUAUAUACUACUCAAAAGAAUUUAAGGGUCAAAAAUUUAUAACCAAAUAAGUUUCAGAGUGUAUUAGAUUGAUGAUGUAAACUACACCAAAAUAUUUAUUUAUUGUUCCAU